AGCCACACGAGAGCAGAAGCAGGGUGGAGAUCACAGCUUUGUCCUCCUGCCCAGGACAUGCAGCCCUGACGCCACCCAGCAUCAGCAGUGGGCGCUGCACUGCCCCCGAAGCUCCCCAGUGCCUCUGCUUCCAGGAUGCCGGUCCCGGCAGAGCAGCACCCGAGCAGGAUAGCCAGCAAGCUGGGGCGUGGGAGAGGGAGAGGGCGCUGUGGCCUGCCCCUGGUGGUCCCUGGUGGCAGACAGAGCAGAGCCAGGAGCGUGGGGAGCCCCAGGCCUGGCCAGGAAUGUUCCCACGCCGCCUGCCAGGGCCUGCUGUGCACAUGUCAUUCCUCGGCAUGGCCCCGAGGGCUGAGCAUGGUCCCCAGCCUGACCCUAGUUCUCCGGGGGGUGGGAAGGGGGGCUGUGGAGCAGCUCAUUUGCCUCUCCAACAGCAUCACCGAGAGGAGGACAUGGCUGCACCCAUGACUCUGCAGGCCAGUGAAUUGCCCUGGAUCUGUAGCCCCUCCCCAGGCAUCAGUGGUGCAACUCCAGAUAGACACUGGAAUCCAUCCCAAGGCCUCUGGGAGCACCACCUUGUGCCCCCUUGGCAGGCUUCCUGGGCACUGCUCCUCCCACCAUCCCAUAGAGGUGGAUGAAUGGACUGGGAGCUGCCCAGAGAGGUCUCAAGCACCCCAUGCCAGGUGAACACAGCAGGCAUCCUGCCCUACCUUCAGAGCCUGCCCACGGAUGACUCCUAUGAGGAGGCAGAGCCCAUCAGCCCUGGGGGAAACCUCAGCUCAGUGGGCGGUGCAGACACGGACAGCAGCCACUAUGAGUCGUACGGGGAGGAUGAGGACUGCAUGAAAGACCGGGCACAUUACAUCCAGUGGCCACCCACUGCCAGCCUCGGGGAGGCCCCUACCCGCCCCGAGGCCCAGCUCUGCGGCUUCCUCUGGAGGAAGCGGUGGCUCGGCCAGUGGGCCAAGCAGCUCUUCAUCAUCCGGGAGCACACGCUGCUGUGCUACAAGUGUGCCAAGGACAUGCAGCUGGUGCUGGAGCUGGAUCUGCGGGGCUGCCGUGUCACCUACAAGGCCAAGCGCAGCAAGAAGAUGCAGCACGAGCUGAAGGUGACAGGGGCAUCUGCCGAGACGCUGGUCAUCGGCUUCCAGAGCCGCCAACAGGCUGAGGACUGGAGGAAGGUGAUCGAAGAGGUGAGCAGCAACCCCUUGAGCGGGCUGUCUGCACACAGCUCCCCCGUGUCCCUUGGCGCCGAGCAGGGCAGGGGCUUAUGCAGGGCGCCCAGCCCCCAGCAAGGCUCUGCUUCCAGCCAGGAUGGCUCUGUGACCAGCCCCACUGCAGCUGGCAGUGUCCCAGCCGGAGAGCAGAAGAAAGGAGGUUUCCUGGAGGUGCUGCUGCAUGGGCAGCGGCAGAAGCUGUGGUGCACAGUGGAGCAGGGCGCCCUGCAGAUGCUCCAAGACCCCAGCUGCCCCGAGAGCCUGGCGGGCACCGUGCUGCUGGCAGGCUGCGUGGUGACCUCGGGGGCUGACACGGGACAGCCCCUUCUCAUCCACCUGGCCCAACACGGCCGAGAGGUCGUCGUCCUGGAGGCCUGCUCAGAGGAGGACAGGGAUGCCUGGCUAGAGAUCCUGCACGGCACGAGGGGAGCAGAGUCUGCCUCUACAUAUGAAAGGAGCAGCAUAGAAAGUACCAGCCUUGGAGACACCCCCAGCUCCCCGGCUGUGGGGGGGCUACUGCUGCGGAGGUUCCCGACACCCAACGCCUACAUGGAUGACCCCUUUGGGCAGCUCCCACCAGUGCCACCCCCAGACCCCCUGUACUCCAAUGCUGAUAUCCUGCACCAGCUGCAGCGGAGCCUGGACAGAGCCGCCCGAGGACAGCCAAAGAGGCCCGUGUCUGCUGUUCCCAACAGCGCCUACAGCAACGCAGCGAGCAGGACUCUGGAGACGGCAGUCACUCCCCAAACCAGCCUGAGCAACUCUCCAAGUGAACAGCGGGCAGAAGCGGCCCCCAAGAUGAAGAGCCAGGAGUUCCCCCAGUCCCAGCAGACGCUGGUGCUGUCAGAGAGGAAGGGCCCGCGGGACGGUUUGGAUUUCCUAAUUGGGAAGAGAGCCUUCCCCAAGCUGGAGGAGAAGGUGGGCCAGCUGGAGAGAGCCUGUCGGAUGAAAACCAGGCUGAAAGCUGGCUCGGAGAUGAACCUGUUGGCCAUAGGCAAGUCUCUGAAGGGCCACAUAGCCACCGCCACCUGCUCAGCGGGCUCGGAGGGCUCCUUCUUGACACCUCUCCUGAAGCGCACAUCCUCUGCCAAGGGCACCCUGAAGCGGGCACCGUCCGUCGUCAUCAUUGAGAAGGGGAAGGUGCUUCAAAAGAGAAAGGAAUGGGAGAUGAAGUCUGCCAUGUAGCCGGCUCCUUUGGCUGCACGCGUACCCCUGCUCACAGGACACCUUGCUGUGUACAUACAUAUCAGUCCAGGCAUCUUUCUGCUGUUCCUGCUGCGUGUGGAUCACGCUGGAUGGAUUUUAUACCUGUUUUCAUUACACACUGUGGUGAUCGGUGUGAAUGACGACGCCUUUCUAUUUGGAAAUCGUCUGUGGGUUUUUAUCUCUGGUCUGCAGUGGCACUAAAACUGGGCAGGCCAGGGCUGUGCUGGGGAAGACACAUAGGUCCUUCUGAACAUCUUGGGCCUCAACUUUUCAUGGCAGCAGAUCCAUCUGGGAUCAUGUCCCAGUGGGUGGCUCUCCUCCAGCUUGCAUUUCUCUGAGCCUCCAGAUGUGCUGCAGAUGCUGGAGACACAGGCUUUUCCCUGCAUUAAGGGGAACCUACUGUGGCUUAAGGUGGCACCAGCUGGAGCCUAAGGAGCUAGCCCUCUCUCAUGCCUCCUUACACAUGGGGGAAAAGCUUCAGCACUGGAGUCCAGAGACACUGUUAGACCCUAAGGGACAUGGAGCUGCUCAGGAGAGGCUCUGAGCUGUUUGGCUCUGUGUUCUUGAGUCCUCUGAAGUCUCUUACAAGGUGUCCCUGCUUCUCAUUCAUCUCACAGGGCCUAUCAAAGAUAACAGACAGCCCAGCUUUUAGCCCAGUAGAGCUGUAUCUAGGUGACAUGAUACAGAUCUCAGCUGGCACCUUGCCCGCUGUGCAGCUGGGCAAGGUGAGCGGCCAAGUGGGGAUGCUGGCUACGUCCCCAGAGGUCUAAAGGAUGGGGGAGGUUCCUAGUACUUCCCCCAAGCACGCUGCCUGUGUUCAGUUGCUCUUGUGAGCCUGCGUUCUGGGGCUCAAAAGUGAGCAGAGGCUCUGCUUGGAGUAGAUGCAUUCAUUUCUUUGGAGGAAUCCAGCUCACGUCCCAGUGACACUCACUUUCCACCUUCUCCAGUUGCAAACUCAAGCCCUGGGAAUCCGGUGAUCUAACCCAGUUAACAUGACAGCAGCCGCAGCUUCACAGCUUGAGCACGGGGCAGGCAAAUGGGGACAUGAAAGCUUUCAGUGCCGCCUCAAGGGAGUGACCCCCCUUCUCUGGGCCUCAAGCGCUUUCCUUGUGCUCCGGGCAUUGACCUGCAAAAAUCAGCUUGACAGGCGGGUUUGAACUGAAUGCUCUCCCAGGCUUCAGCUCUCAGGUGCUGGGUGAAUCACCAAGGGUUUCAGUGCCAGGUCUUAGCUCCUAGUCAGGAACUCAGGGUUUGCCUUCCCUUGCACUAUUGAGCUUAGCAGGACUGUGUCAGCAUUUGAACCUGGGAUCCUUCAAAGCCUGGGCCUUUGCACCCUGUGUGCCGGGCUCCAUAGCUGGGGUUGUAACAGGCCUGCAGGGAGGGAGACCUGGGUACAGAGUGAGAGCUGUGCUGUCCACCUGGGCCAAGCCAGUCAUUGCAAGAUCAGGAUGUAAGCACCUGGCGGUCUCCAGGAGUGAAAUCAAUUCCACCAGCUCCUUGUGCGGUGCACUUCAGCCACCAUGGGGGGAACGGGUGCUUGUUUCGAAGCACUGCUCCCGCUGGGUUGGUGUUUGAAUGGGAGAAAUGUGUUUUCCCAUGAAUGUAAAAAAACUUGCUUCUGCCUAGUUGCAGUUGGAGACAAAGGUGUCAGUGUCCCCAAGAAGGUCCUUUCUGUAACUUGUCACCCAGAGCAAUUCAGGGGGGCAAUGGGGGCGUGUUUAUGUGUGUGUGUGUGUUUUUCAAUUUCUACCAAUUAUGCUGUCAAAUAAACAUAUUUUUGCUUUUUUUUUAA